ACACUUCCUAAGGAUGACGCCUUCUACACUAUGACUAUAUUAUCAGGUGGCUCAGCUCCCGGAGCCAUAAUGAAACAUCGUACGCCACCGGCACGGAUCUCAGCCGUCGGAUUUGCUGCUGUGAACCUCGAGAACCGCCACCAAAUCCUUUACAGGACCAACGAAUUCUUCGGGAACGUUACGACAACUGUCAUCACCGUGCUGGUCUCCUACAAAGUAGACCGAAUGAUCAUCAUAUCCUAUCAGCUGGCC